AUGAGUAUAGGAUUCCUGGGGAACGAAUACAUGGGGUCUGUGAUACGACAUGCUGCCGGAAGAUCAUGGCAAGGGACGGACGGUGAUAUCUUGAAUUAUGUUGCGGAUAGCAAAAGAUUGCUUUUCAUCAUGUCGUCGUUUCCAUUGUCGUGCAGGGAUUCGCUGGUGGUCACCCACCCAACUACUAACCUGCCGGCGUGUGGCUUAAGUACGGCUGAGCGGACGGGAAGCCCUGUUCUCCACACCCUGUGGUCGUAUGUACUAAAUGACUCGAAGAAAGUAAAUAUAUGCCAAUUAGAAUCACCAUGA